AUGAAUGCUGCUGAUCAAACAAUACUCCAUAAAGCAAUUAAAGAAAAUCUCAAAAUUCAAAUGAUGGAGUUUAAGCCAACUGAUUUUAAAUGUGGAGAUUGUGCUGGACCAUUCUCACUGGACACUGGCGAAAAGUCUUUAAAGAUUAUGAUUUCCAACUUCACUGGUGAAAUGAUGAAAUUGGAAAUAGAAGAAAAUGAGGUUACAAAACGGAUUCAAACUAUUGCAAGUCCCUUAUUGGCCAAUUGUGUUGUUUUAGAAACAGGAAAAAAUGUUCAAAUUUUGUUCACAAAAGACAUCGAAUCCACAGAACCACUGAGAGCAAUUUUAGUUGCUGACAUGAAUUACCGACUGGAACAGGAAAAACUUUCUGAAAAAGAAAAAAAAUACGAGUGUCCUAGAUGCCACAUGGCGAAAUUCAAUUCGCUUCCGAAUCUGAAAAUACACGAAGAGUUGUACUGUACUAAAAAGGAUGAUGCAAUCGUCAAACCAAUAGACAAUACAAACUUAGAAAGCCACCAGAAUCUAAUUUUGCUUCCACUAGCUUAUCAUGACUUGUUACAACAAAAUGCAGUUCAGGUCAUGGGCCCUUUGAAUUCGAUACUUCCGGUAGCGGUUAGCCGCAAAUCAGCAUUUGUCAACACAAAUCCUUUAUUCGUUCGAAAUAAAUUGAACUUGGAUAUUCCACAAAGUAUGAAUCUUUUUAAUCUUCCCCUUUCGGUUAACAUUCCUGUUGUGGACCUCGAUGAAAAAAUUCCGAGCACAUCCACUGCCAAAGAAUCAUCUACUUCUACUAUGGAAGCCAGAAUCCCUUCCAUAUCUCCCAGUUGUUCUCCAACUUCCAAAAGUUCAAGCAGCGAACCUUUUUAUCCGGACCGACCCUUUUCGUGUACCUGUGGAGUGUCUUUUUCAUCUCAAACUACUUAUGAUGCUCAUCGACAAUUAUACUGUAGUCAUACUGUACGUGAAUCAUCCACCAAUGCCGGACCAAAUCGCACGGAUUUUUCAAGGAAGGUACCGGAAAAAUGCACAAAGUGCGAUUUCGUGCCAGCUACACCCUCGCAGCUCUCAUUGCAUAUCCGAUCUUCGCAUCAAACGACGAAAACAUUUACUUGUUUAGUAUGUGGAUAUCGAGCGUUUAGUAUGAGAGGUGUACGAACUCAUAUGAGGUCACACCCAAGCGAGGACUCGCAAAGGUUCAAAGCGAACGAUGUAGAUGACACAUAA